AUGUUGAAGUCCGAGUUAGAUGUACCUAUAGAUGAAACUGUGUUUUGGACAGACAGCAUGGCAGUUAUUCGGUAUAUAAGAAAUACCUCAUCUAGAUUUCACACUUUCGUCGCAAAUAGACUUGCAGUGAUUCACGAAGGCUCCUUACCUGAUGAAUGGCGAUACAUCAAUACCAAACAAAACCCUGCUGAUCUUGCAUCAAGAGGCAUGUCCGCUAAUGACAUUCUUCAAGGAAAACAUUGGAUAACAGCACCUGAAGUCUUGUUAGCAAAAAAUGAUAGUUGGGCUGAAAAACCAAUGGAACUUUCUGAUGAGAUACCUGUUGACGAUCCAGAGGUAAAAAAGAUCACAGUGAGGGCAGUUACUCAUACACGUGAAUCCUGUGAUAAUCAUGUUGAUAGUGUUGAAAGACUCUUGAACUAUCAUUCCUCAUGGUACAAGUUAAAGAAAAGUGUGGCAUGGAUUCUCAAAAUAAAGAAAAAACUGUUUCUCAGAACUCGACGCAAUACACAAUUAGAAAAUCAAGCAGCUGAGACAUGUUUAUCAGCUGAGGACUUGCAGGAAGCUGAAGUUGCUAUUUUGAAAUUCAUUCAAAGAAAAUCAUUUGCAUCAGAAAUCGAAGAGCUGAAGAAAGGACAUCCUGUGAAACUUAGUAGCAAUGUCAGAAAAUUAGACCCUAUUCUUGAUGAUGGACUCAUUCGUGUUGGUGGUCGAUUGCACAGAGCAAGUAUGCCGUUAGAAACCAAGCAUCCAAUCAUCUUACCUAAGGAUCACCACGUGUCAAAUCUGAUAUUGAGACAGAUCCAUUGUGAACUGAAACAUAGUGGUAGAAAUCAUAUGCUUUCUAUAUUAAGACAAAAAUACUGGUUAAUACAUGCGCCUUCUUUUAUCAGGAAGUUGAUUUCAAAGUGUAUAGUAUGUCGCCGCCAAAGAGCUAGAGUUGGAGAACAGAAAAUGGCUCAGUUACCAGAGGAUCGUUUAAUACCUGAUGAACCACCAUUCACUAGAGUUAGCGUGGACUAUUUUGGUCCUUUUGAAGUGAAAUUGAAGAGAAGUCACGUCAAACGUUAUGGUGUUAUCUUUACUUGUCUUGCCAGUCGUGCUGUGCAUUUAGAAGUUGCGUCUUCUUUGACUACAGAUUCCUACAUCAACGCUUUACGUCGUUUCAUUGCACGCAGAGGUCAGGUGAAGAAAAUACGCUCGGACAAUGGGACAAACUUUGUUGGGGCCAAUCGUGAACUUAGAAACUCGAUAAACGACUGGAAUGUGUCACAGAUUCAUGAAGCAAUGCUACAGAAAAACAUAGAUUGGCAUUUCAACCCCCCAGCAGGAUCCCAUCAUGGAGGUGUCUGGGAGAGAAUCAUCAGGACCAUAAGAAAAGUGAUGAACAGUGUUCUUCGAGAACAGAUCCUAGAUGAUGAAGGACUCAAUACACUUAUGUGUGAAAUAGAGGCCAUUCUCAAUGACAGACCAAUAACCAAGAAUUCCGAUCAUCACAACGACCUAGAGGCUUUGACACCAAAUCAUCUCUUGUUAAUGAGACAACAGCCAAAUUUACCGCCAGGUGUGUUUACGAAAUCCGACAACUACUGCAGACGUCGUUGGAGGCAGGUUCAAUAUAUGGCCAACCUCUUCUGGAACCGAUGGGUGAAAGAAUACCUACCAUUACUGCAAGAGCGUCAAAAGUGGCACGAAGUGAAGAGGAACCUGAAAAUCGGUGAUGUGGUUUUAGUGGUGGAUUCGAACUCUCCUCGUAAUUCCUGGCCCAUGGGUGUGGUUUUAGAGAAUGUUCCCGAUCGUUUUGGACUGGUGCGACAAGUUAAAGUAAAGACAACAACGAACACUUUGAUGCGUCCAAUAGAUAAACUGUGUCUUAUUUUGGAAAUGGACGAACCUUCUGUGUGA